UGCCACAAACAGGACUUUAAUAUCACCAACCAUUCCCAUGUUAUUACGCUGUAUCCAUAUAAAUGGCCCACCCUGUACUUAUCUAAGCAGCACUUUUUCCUCUGAAGAGAUGAAGAGAUUAUGUUCACAAGUAAACCUGAGGAUGCGUUAUCUUGUGAUGGUGGCAUUACAUUUCGUGUCAGUGAAACUGUUUCGUCAGGGUUUGGAGUCAGUCUCUGCGUGCAGCUGUGCAGCUCAUUUCAACAUCUGUGCAUUAACUCUUUAUAACUAUUUUUUUGAACAGUAAUAAAAUAUAUAUAUAUUGCACAUCAGGUCAUCUUACAUAUUAAGCCAGCAUAUUCUGCUUUAGCUCUUUUGCACACAUCUGUUUCAAUCUUUCAACCUUUUCUGUCAUCAUUUAUUUAUUUGUACUAUUUGUAUUUAUAUGUUUUAUUCUAUAUAUUAAUCGGCAUCUGUGGGUGGACAGCACAAGAAUUUCAUUGCACAGAGAAAUGUCUUUUUUUUCUCUUGUGACGCAUGACAAUAAACACUUUGAAUCUUGAAUCUCUAACCUGUCAGAAACCAGCUGCAGCACAUUCGACUGAAGCAAGUCGGGUCAGGUGUGCUUCUGCAAAGCUUGAUAUUACUUAGACAAGCUCCUUUUUCAUGAUUCUGUAUUUAAAUGUUCAAUCAUAGCUUUAAAUAUAUUUUGAUUAAAGAGUUGUCAUCUCACCUUUCUACAAUUUAUUAAAAAAAAAAAAGCUCAAGGAAAGUUUGUGUUUAAGCUGAAAGUAAAUGAAGUUUCCUUUUUUAUUCUUUAACAAAAUAACAAUUUUGUGUCUCCAGGCAAAUAAACAUUUCAUAACUGCAGGGUUGUUUUUUUUAUUGUUUUUACUUUUACUGCAUUACAAAGGAUUUUGUGUGUAACAGCGUCUGAACCCCACCUAAUGAAAGCUGUGUCCUGGGUGUGAUUGUGCUUUAUGUUUUAACAUGUUUAGUAGUUUGAUUCCAUGCAGAAGCUCAUUAGUCCACCACUGCUCUCUGCAUGUGGCUGCUGUGCUGUGCCUCUGUUCCCGCGGAGUUUCCCACUGGUUGUUUUUCCUCUUCUCUGCGUAAAAACCAUAAUAAGUGCUGUGGCAAUGGCUCUAAGAAAAUGCUAUAAAUGAUUGUUCAGAGUUUGAACAGAAUUAUGCGGGUGGGGGUUAAAGUUCACAGCCUCUUCUUCCUGGAAUCUCCCAGAGGAGCAGAAAGGGUCAGAUCUGGUUACUCCAGGUUCAAGUAAAAUUUAAACCGUUUAUAAAGGGAUGAGCUUGUUUGGGCAGUGUGAUUGAUUAAGGAUGUAUUUGUAAUUUAGUUACAGGACAACUUUAAAAUGAUGAAUUAUGAGAGGAAAUGUACUUUUCACCUUUAUAGACCAACAACAAUAUAGCCUUAUGAUGCCAAAAUAACUGGAGAUAUGAUUCCUGUACCUCGUGACAGAAUCUACAUAAUUCUCUAUUUAUUUUCCUCCCAAUUUCUAAUUAAUGUAUUUAUUUAUAGCUGAAAAGCUUUUAUGCGACACAUGUCUAAGAAAUCCUCCCGUUUUGACUAAAAACUCAUUACAACACAACUUCUUUUAUUAACAUGGAAGUGUUUUUAUCUUAGCUUUUCUUUCCUCCCACAUACCAUACCAGUCAUUUGUUUUUGCAGAUUACCUGUUAAAAUCCUGAUUGAGUCAAAGUAUGCUAUGAUGUCAAAUUUAAAAAAACAAAAACCUAGAAGCAGUCAGAUGGCAGGAUCGCAGUGAUAAAGCAAAGACUGUACCCUGUAUUUAAACAUCAACAUCACUGCUCCAGAUGACCUGAGAGGAUGGUGUGACUUUGAGGACAGAACCCGGGUUAUGUAAACUGUAAACAAAGAAAAUGAGACCACCUCUGAAGGAAAAGCGGAGCUGAGUCAGGCACAAGGACCAGAGGCGGGUUCCUGCACUCUUUAUCUGUUCCUCGGAAUGAUGACAUCACCUCCAGCCAAUGGGAGCGAGUUCUUGGUCUGAUGAUGUCAUGUGAGCCCAAUCAGAUGAGGGAUGUGUGGAUCACUGCAGUGGGCUUCUGAGGGCAUGCACAUGAACAGCUGUGCCCUUGUCCUCUUCAUCAGCGCCUCCUUUUAUUGACCUACUUAUAUUGUUCUGCAGCAUAUUAAUGAUUUUUAAUGUUCACAGCUGACCCGGCCAGCGAGGAUUAGGGAGGGUUUUUUAAUGGUGAAAGCAAAUGUUUGUGGAGCUUAAAUGGAAAAGAAAACAUUUGGUUUAAAUAAUGUUUGGUGAAACUGGGGCUGCACAGGUUUCAGAGUUGUCACAACAUUUGCAUGUUUCCCACAGAUUUGUAGUUCAUUCAGGUUGGGAUGUGUCUGCAGUGAGUUGUCAAAUAUCACGUCGAAUUAUCAAAUCAGCGGCUCACGCACUGCGGCACCACAUGUUGGUGGUCACAUGUGUCCAUGUAUAGAUUGAGUGAACAUGUCUGUGUAGAGAAGUAGGUCGUGUGAUUGAUAAUGGAGCACUAUGAUGUGAACUGACACUGAGGAAAAACAGCAGCAUGACUGAGAACAGAGUUUUCUUGGACUAAACUGUGACUCAGCUGUUCGAGAUGUAAGAUUUAACAAUAGAAUAGAAUCAUAAAUGUAAAUUAAAUAAAUUUAAAAUAUGAAAUAUCUGAAAUAAUACAUAUGUCUCAUAAUAACACAAAAGAUGCUCUAUAUUAUGAAGUGGACCCUUCAGUAAUACAACAGAAAAAAACCCAACAAUCAUAUGGCCCGCUGUGACCAAGCACUUUGGUGACAGUGGGAAGGAAAAACUCCCUUUUAACAGGAAGAACCCUCCGGCAGAACCAGGCUCAGGGAGGGGCGGGUCUGAUGGACCACCACUUUAAAGCUGUUCUUGUCUUCUGGUGUUGUUUUGCAGAGGACACAGUCUGAGGUUUGUUGUGUCAAUGUUUUAUGUGUAGAGUAAUCAGUACAAGAGUGCACUCCAUCAGUUUCAUUUCAUGGUGUAGGUUAAAGUUCAGCAGCUCUGUUUCCUCUUCGUACAAGUGCGUACAUGCUCGUUCUAAGAGAGGAGUCAUAUACUAACAUGAUGUUCAGCCCUAUAAUGUGAGCAUAAUCACUCGCUGUAUGGUAUUAACUGAUAAUAACACGUGACCCAUGUUAGUCACCGUAUGAGUGCAGCUCUUCUGGAUCACACUGCGUAUAUUCAUUUGUUGCUGUUUUUAGGAAUUGUUUUAGAGUUACUCACUUUUACUGGGCAGGACCUCAUGUCAACUUUAACCAGCAUUAGUAGUAAUCAGUGAGGCUGCUGACUGACAUUUGGAAUAAAACAAUACAUGUGUGGUGUCUUUGAGCAAGAGGAAUCUUUGCUUCUGUAAUUGACAUCGUAUUUAUUUAAACAGGAAAGGGGAGCAGAACUCAUUCAUAAGCAAUGCUGCUUCAGUGCUGAUGAUUUAUAUAUCGGACUGUGUCGUCAUAUGAAGUAAUAACUGUCAUUGUUCUAAUAUUUUUCCAUGCAAAUGUAUUAGAAAUGUUUCCUUUAAUGUUUUUUUUAAUGACAUGUCAGAAUCUUUUAUUUGCUCUAUGCUAACUUCCCACCAUGAGGCAUACUGGGCUUCAUCUUUUAGACCCAGAAGCCAUGUCUGUGUUUUAUUCGGCCUGUGUUGUUAACUACUAGCAUGCCUGCCGUUUUUCCAUUAGCAUAGCUUUAGCCACUAUCAAGCUUCCUCCCCAUUUGCGUUGAUGGGUUGGGCUUCUUGUUUACUUAGAAACAGACAUUUAAAGACCUGCAUGUUGAAUCCAUAAUUCUAGAUUUGCCCUGAAUGUCAGCUUCAUGGAGGGCUUAAUGUAUAUAGGUUAAGUGCUCUGUGAAUGUGGUUUGUAGUCUAAAGUGCUGUGAGUCAGUAAGAAGAGCAGUAUGAAAAUGCCAGUCUUCUUGCAGCUUGACUGAAAGGCUUUUAUCCAUAGCUGUAGCCUCAUUAUAACUGUAUGUGGCUGCAGUAUAGCGGGGGAAAUACUGCAUGCAUGUCAGUGAAAUGAAGUCAUGCACAAUCAUGGUGCUAAUACUUCAGCAGAGAUGAUUGUGAUGUUUACCUGUUACUAUACCUUCACUGCAUGAAACAAAGGAAAUAACAUCACUGAUGGGGAGUAAAAUGCUGACUACUGGCCCUGAUAAUCGCACUGUCACUGCUUUAACCUGGAGUUGUUAAUUAGCUUUUGUAGUUGUAUUCUUUGGUUUGUGUUACAGCAUGUACCCUCACAGGCUCUGAGGUUUAAAGUAAGCAGCUCUUUGUUUGGCUGCUCUUUUACGGUGCAUUCAUCUGGCCUUACACAUUACCCGCUUGGUGUAUGAGACUCUGACAUGAGUAUGAGCCAUCUGUGGGUGAACCUCAGAAAAGCAGAUUACACACAGGGAGACAGAAUAGUGGAAAUGUGGGCCUAGCUCAGGCCAGUGUGGAUUAUGAUGUGGACUGUAAUCCAGAGGGAUGGACAGAGAGCCUGAGGGUUAAAGGAUUGGGUGGGCUCUGGACUUUGGCCAGGUGGACUCACUAUAGGCAGACGUGGCCUCUGUACUGUCAAAGCUAGCCACAUUGGAGUCGUGUUUGUAGCUUUACAAGAUGCUAUACUUGAACACAUUAAUAGGUAAUGACCCACAAACUAACAAACCUUGAGGUUAGCUCCAAAAGUGACCAUCCCCAUGGAUUCAUGUGUGAAAAUACAGUACAGCCUGCUUCAGAGCAAAGCAGUUUUUCUCUUUGUGGAUAGUUUCCCUCCUCAUAACUGGACACAAGGUGAGUUAUUAACCUGCACAAAGUCAGCGCGCCUGUUUUGCUGAGUGAGAUCCUAGGGCUUUAGCAGGCUGUGACUUGGUACUAAUUUGCAGAUAUAUUUGCUCGUGUGAUGCACGUGUGCACUUUAUGGAUGGCGCUUGUUAACAAAGCUUGUUAAUAUGAGCUGAAAUUGGAAUAUUUAAUCUGUGUUCUAUAUGCAGAACUAAGGCCUUAUUACAGAUUUUUUAAAAUUGAUUUAUAAAUGUGUAUUAACUUGAAUGUUAAAUUAUUUAUAUUUUAAAAUCUGCAAAACAAUAAAUUGCAACGUAAUUGGGUAUAAAGUAUUUGAAUCGAACAUAAAGUAGAGUAGAAGUAGAACCUAGUCGUAUUUUAGUGGGGAUCAUGCGACACACCCCUGGAUAUCCAUCAUGGAUGCUUGUAGAAGUCAAUAAUUCACCUGAGUUAGUAAAUGUUCAAACUUAAGGAGCUGCUGACUGUGAGGAACCACUUCGUCCUCAUCGAGAUGAAGCAUGAUUUUCACCCUUUUCAUUGUAAAGAAGUGCUCAGAGGGGGUUAUAUCAUGACACCGAUCCUCCCACCACUGCCUUUGGACUCGAGUGCUGUUAAACUUAAGACUCCCAUUGGAUGAGAGCUCUGAUAGGGCUCGUAGUGGAAUUAAGCAAAUACUUUACCAAACUACGACUUUUAAUACACUUUUACUUGAAGUAUCCUCACAUACUUGUCCAUUUGUAUGUUUCUUUAUACUUGUACUUCACUAUAUUCUGCAUUUAUUCUGAAUAAGUUUUAUUGAUUAUUUUUAAGAUUUUAAUUCAGACAAAUCCAGUUAAGUUGAAGUUCGUUUCUUUGGUUUUUCUCCCUUUCGCUGAUAUCCUCUGUAAUACUUGACCAGCUUUGUUGUGUAUUUACUGCUGAUUCCUGUGGGGCCCCAUGCCUCGUCCUUGCCCCGUGUGCCACCCUCCACCCGGAAACGCCCCUGCCCACUUCAUUAAGGUAGAAACGGCUCAGUCGGACUUUUCAUCCUUGUCGAUGCCAUCAGUUGAGCGGUUUACAAAAAAAAAUACACACGGAACCUCCUCCCUCCCUCCUUCUCUCACUCCCUUACUCCUCCUCCUGCUCUUCCUUCCCCCACCUUCCCCCACCCUCCCCCUAUAGUUGCAAAAGGAUUACGGAUGGACGCAGACACGGCAGCCCGUUACCGGGUCUUGCAGUCGGCAUAGGGAGUAGCGGUGUGUGUCCGGUACCGGCGAGGUGCAGGGGCGUCGGCCCCGGUGGGAAAUUAAUUCGGAUUUAUUGAAGGAAACGCGGCAGAAGAAAAACCCUGAUAGCGGCCGUGCUUCAUCUGCACACUCCGAGCAGGAACACCGGUGCCAUAUUCCUGCUGCGAGGGUUUGUGACCAUCAGCUGGACCACAAACGCCUCAUGACAUGUUCGAUACGGCCAGUAACUCUCCACGCAGCACCCCCGGCAGCUCUCCCUCCCUGCGGCGCAGGGUCCUCGGGGGAGGCAGGGCCAGUGAGAAUGAGGCUGGAGGAGAGAAGAGCAGCAGUGGAGGUGGAGGAGGUGCUGGUUCGGACGGUGCGCUCCCCUCCAUACCCUCUGCCUCCUCCCUCUCGUCUGCCUACCCAAUCGCCUCUCGCCACUUCAGCCGCAAUGCCAAGAAAAUGCAGAGCUGGUACAACGUUCUCAGCCCCACGUACAAACAGCGGAACGAAGAUUUUCGUAAAAUCUUCAAGAAACUUCCUGACUCAGAGCGACUUAUAGUGGACUACUCCUGCGCUCUGCAGAAGGAUAUUCUGCUUCAGGGACGCCUUUAUCUGUCAGAGAAUUGGCUGUGUUUCUACAGCAACAUCUUCCGCUGGGAAACCACUAUCACCAUCCUGCUGAAGGACGUUACCUCUAUGACCAAGGAGAAGACUGCCAAGCUCAUCCCAAAUGCCAUCCAGAUCAGCACUGACAACGAGAAGCAUUUCUUCACAUCUUUUGGCGCAAGAGAUCGCAGCUACAUGAUGAUUUUCCGCCUGUGGCAGAACGCACUGCUGGACAAGUCUCUGUCCCCCAAAGAGCUGUGGCACAUCGUGCACCAGUGCUACGGCACUGAGCUGGGCCUCACCAGCGAAGACGACGACUACGUCUCCCCCACCGCUGAACACAUGAACGGCCUGCUGCCGGGAGAGGAGUCUGGGUCGGUCACAGACCUGUUGGACCUGAGCUCAGUAUCCGUUCCCUCCGCGGGCAGCUCUCCGCCUCCGCUGGUGCCAUGCAGUUUAAGCAGUCCUCCUUCAGCUGCCAGCCUCGGCGGAUCCUCUCCGCCCUCCUCUGCCUCCUGUCUGCCCGUGGAGGUGCCCUCCUUGUCGGGAAGCAGGCUCAGCUCCGAGCCCCUCGAACCCAGCCCGCCCAGCUCACACAGCUCGCUGCCAUCCACCACCACCACCAACGCCUCUUUCUCCGCCUCCACCCCGGCCUCUGCUGCUGCGUCUUUUACUCUGGAAGAAGGCGGAGACAGCCUGUCCGAGUCAGCCAAUCACAUGCUGCCCCCACCAACUGCCAGUCUGGGAAACCUCUCGUCAUUGGACAUCACCAACGAUGAGGACCUGCCCACAGACCCCAGCAACUCGUCUGACACACAGGAAGAGAUUAAAUCUGACCUGAACCAAACCGAAACGGUUCCCCGAUCAGCUGACGCAUCUACAAUCACCUCCAAGCUGAGCGUGUUAUAUGGUGAGGUGGAAGCGUUCUGCGCUGACCUUAGCGGGCGGCUGCUCAUCAACACGGCGGUCCGCAUGAGCGUGGACAAACUGCAUGACCUGCUCUUCUCUGCUGACACGCACUUCAUCCAGCACCUCUUCUCCCAGCGACACUUCACCGACCUGUCGGUGGGUGAAUGGCAGCAGGACGGCAGCAGUGGGAACACCAGCCGUGUGCUCAGCUACACCAUCGCCCUCAACAACCCCCUCGGGCCCAAGACCGCCCCUGUGGUGGAGACGCAGACGCUGCAGAAAAGCAGCGCCCGGGGCGAGUGCUACGUGGUGGACUCGGAGGUCAUCACCUCAGGCAUCCCAUACCAGGACUACUUCUACACCGUCCACAGAUACUGCCUCACCUCCAUCAACAAACACAAGAGCCGACUCAGAGUUUCCUCAGACAUCUGCUACAGGAAGCAGCCGUGGAGCCUGGUGAAGGCGCUGAUCGAAAAAAACACCUGGAGCGGCAUCGAAGAGUACUACAAACACAUGGAGAGCGAGGUGUGCAAGCUGGAGACACUCCUGCAGACUGAGGUUACCGUGAUGACCACAGGCGAAGCGGUGGGCACCGACGCCGCCAAGACCCCGCCGGGCUUGCGCCGCAGGAAACGCACGUGCUCGCGGCGGCAGGGCGAGAGGGAGCGAGAGAGGGAAGGAGGAGGAGCGGGUGGUGGAGACCGAGGGGACAGAGGAGUGGGAGAGGAGAGGGACACGAGAGAAGCCGGCUCUCAGUUUAUGAAGCUGGGGGAGCGAUCGCGUGGCGGCGGGCACAACGGCAUAUCCACCAUCCUCCUCAUCGUCAGCUUCAUGAUCUGUAUCAGUCUGGUGGUGCUGGUGGCGCUCAACAUGCUGCUGUUCUACAAGCUGUACGCUCUGGAAAGAGCCGCACAUACACUGGAGACGUGGCACUCCUACUCUGUUGCUGACAGUCCUUUGCCUCAGACAGCUGGGGAGUGGGCUCAGGUCCUGCAGCUGCAGAGGCAGUUUCAUCAGGCCCAGCUCAGCAAGUGGCAGCAGAUCCUGCAGUCCUCCGUCUCGCUGCUCGACCAGAUGAAGCAGUCUUUAGAGAAGCUCCACCAGGGCAUCGUGGUCCCAGAGGUCAAGCAGGACCCCCCUGCUGACGCGGAGUCCCUGACCGAGGCCUGAACCUCGCCUGCUCCGACUGCCCCCCUCCCAACCUCCGAACCCGCAGAGAUUCGGAUCGUUUCCUGUUUGAACCCCGGUGAGAGAGGACGCCGCUCAGAACUCUCCUCGCCCGACUGACUUGAAACCGCGACGUUCACCUCGAGUGAACUCAGACUGGAAGCUUUCAGGACCACAGCAAUAAUUUCCCUGCAGCUGCAAGACGUGUGUGUGUGUGUGUGUGUGAGUGUGGUGUGGGGUGUGUGUGUGUGUGUGUGUGUGUGUG